CCUACUAGUGCAGCGUUUUCCAACCCGUGUGCCUCUAGCUGUUGCAAAACUACAACUCCCAGCAUGCCCGGACAGCCGAAGGCUGUUCGGCCAUGCUGGGAGUUGUAGUUUUGCAAGUGGUUGGGAAACACUAUACUAGAUACAAAUAUACUGGGGUCACGGUGCAGCCUCAAAGUCUCCACACUCCCGGGCAAUGACCCCUACAUUCUGGGAGAGGGCAGAGACGAGACCCGUCCCUCCAUCCCGCCCCCACCCUUCUGGCCCAUACUUCUCCAGGCCCCGGGCCGGGCACUGUGGUUACCAUGUCCGGGGAGCUGGUGUCUGUGGAGCAAGUGCUGGAGAAGAACAUCCCUGCGGGGGAGCUGCGGGAAGUAUGGAGGCUGCUGUACGGGAGGGAGCUGAGAAAUCUAGAUCUCCCGCCUUGCGCUGUGGAUUCUGCUUCACAACGAAAAUUUGAGUUAAAGGGCUAUGUGAUCGAUGCAGCAUGUGAACAACUCCGAAAGCCUCGGGUAAUCCGUGUGGGAUUAAUUCAGAAUAAAAUCCAGUUGACAACCUCAAGUCCAGUGGCCGAGCAGGUCAAUGCUUUGCACAGGCGCAUUGCAGAGAUUGUGGAAGUAGCAGCGAAGUGUGAUGUGAAUAUUGUAUGUUUUCAGGAAGCAUGGACUAUGCCUUUUGCUUUUUGUACAAGAGAGCGACUGCCGUGGACAGAGUUUGCAGAAUCGGCUGAAAAUGGAGUAACUACUAAGUUCUGCCAGGAGUUAGCAAAGAAGUAUAACAUGGUUAUUGUCUCUCCAAUCUUGGAGAGGGACGAGGUGCAUGGAGAAACACUAUGGAACACUGCUGUGGUCAUAUCCAAUACUGGAGCCUUCCUAGGCAAGAGUCGCAAAAAUCACAUCCCAAGGAUUGGGGAUUUCAAUGAGUCGACUUAUUACAUGGAGGGGAACACAGGACAUAGAGUAUUUCAGACUGUAUUCGGAAGGAUCGCUGUGAACAUCUGCUAUGGACGACACCAUCCCCUUAACUGGUUAAUGUACAGCAUAAAUGGAGCAGAAAUUAUUUUCAACCCUUCAGCCACUGUUGGAGAGCUAAGUGAAUCUCUUUGGCCCAUAGAAGCAAGAAAUGCUGCCAUUGCCAAUCAUUGUUUUACCUGUGCCAUCAACCGUGUGGGAACUGAGCACUUUGAAAACGAGUUCACUUCUGGAGAUGGCAAGAAAGCCCAUCAUGAGUUUGGUCAUUUUUAUGGAUCUAGUUACGUAGCAGCUCCUGAUGGCAGUCGUACCCCUGGGCUAAGUAGGGUGUCUGAUGGUCUUCUUAUUGCUGAGCUGGACCUUAACCUAUGUCGACAGACUAAUGAUAAGUGGAACUUCAAGAUGACUGGACGCCAUGAAAUGUAUGCUGCUGAACUAGCUCAAGCAGUAAGUCCAGAUUUCCAGCCAGACAUUGUCCGGGAGUAAAUAACAAGCAGGCUGCACACAAACGAGGAUGUUACUGCAACAUUAUAGCUGGAUUUUAUACACCUUUUGAUAGAAGUAUUGGUCAUGUGUAAAUGGCUUCACAUUUCAAGACUUUUAGAUGCAAUAAUUGUUGUAAUUGUUUUUUGUUUAAUAAAGAAUUAAAGUCA